AUGGAAGGCUCAGGCGGUGCUCUACACUUCACCGGCAUAUCCCCACGCGCCCUUAUCUUGUUUUUGUGUUUGUUAUGCUCAACGAUUCGAAUCGUAUCCACAGGAACAAGAAAGGACAUCCACGAGCUACUCCCUGAAUACGGUUUCCCAAAGGGUAUAAUUCCGAACAACGUAGAAUCGUACACCCUCUCUUCCGAUGGUUCAUUCACGAUCCAACUCAAAACCCCUUGCUACGUCCAUUUCCACCUCCAAUUGGAACAAGAGGUUCAGGUGGUCUACUACCACACCCAAAUCACCGGCGUACUCAGUUACGGCUCCCUUCGCCACGUGUCAGGUAUUCAGGCCCAAAAGCUCUUCCUAUGGCUCUCCGUAACGGGAAUUGAGGCCCACCGUGACGUGCUCGAGUUCUUCGUUGGAGCUUUGUCCCAGAAACUACCUGCCACUCAGUUCCAGGAUGUUCCUGCGUGCUCCCGCACUCGAUCCCACCCAAUAACCCUUCUCUAUCCUUUCUGAACCUUCAC